AUGAAAGUCAGCUCCAAUAUCUUCGCCUUGGCCAUCGUCCUGUUCGCCUGCCUGCUGAGGAGCAGUGAGGCAGUCACCUGUACCGCCGAUCCCACUGUAACAGGAUGUAUUGACUGUACCACCAGUCCCACCGAUGCGGAGUGCGUGGCAGAAGCAGCGGCCGACACCACCUCUACUGUGGCUCCCGUAGUAUCGACAACGGCAGCCACGGCGACUACAGUGGCAACAGACACGGCCACAACAACCACGGCGGCAUCCACCACCAGCACGGGCGGGAGGCGCAAGGUCGUCAGGAUCAGCAAUCUGCGCUACACCGCAGUGCGUCGCAUCCGUGUCAACAGAAGUGGCACCACCAGCCGUACCACCAGCCGCAACACCAACACCAACCGCAACCGCAACCUCAACCGAAGACGCGUCAACGUGAGGAAUAGGCGCCGCAGCGGUAACGUCCGUGUGAUUGUCGGCUAG